AUAUGGGGUUAUAGUGAGAGAGCUUUCAUUUUCAUUUUGAUUAACAAUUAUGAAGACAAUGACGAGCGGUAUGAUGAACGGCGGAGAUCGGAUCAAGGGGUCGUGGAGCCCACAGGAGGACGCGGCUCUGAUCAAGCUGGUGGAGCAGCAUGGCCCACGAAACUGGUCCCUCAUUAGCCACGGAAUUCCAGGCCGCUCAGGCAAAUCUUGCCGCCUCAGGUGGUGCAAUCAGCUGUGCCCGAGCGUACAGCACCGCCCCUUCACACCCGCCGAGGACGCCAUCAUCAUCCGGGCCCACUCCAUCCACGGCAACAAGUGGGCCACCAUUGCCCGCUUCCUUCCCGGCCGCACCGACAACGGCAUCAAGAACCACUGGAACUCCACUCUCCGCCGCCGUAGAAGCGGUGCCACAGAGAAUCCUUCUUCUCCGUCAUCUCCGUCGAGUUCCUCCGAUGUGGCGGCGGCGGAAGAGGAGAAUUCGGAGCCGGUAUUGAAGCGGCAGAGAAUCGGCGCGUCGCCGGAGCGUAACCGCUUGGACGGGAUCGAGACCACGCUGACACUGUCGUUGCCGGGAGAUAAGACGGUGCCAGUGCCUGCGGCGGAGGAAAUGCCGGUGAGCGACGUCGGAUUGAAGAAGGAGGAGGGAGAACGAGGAGCGGUGGAGAUGGAGGAGAAGUGUUUGAUUGCGCUCAUGCAAAGGAUGGUUGCCCAAGAGGUCAGGAAUUACAUUGAUGGCUUACGGGCCAAGGGUGCUCUUGGAUUUGGGCUUCAGUCUGCGGCCCAAAAUGGCCCAUAUGAUUAA